AUCACAAUGCCAAAAAUCAGAAAUUCCGUCCAGAAACACGUGACGAAGAACUGACCUAGGCUAAACAUGUUUUAGAAUGGAGCUGAACUUCUCAAUAAAAAGGUUUGUGUCUUCUCAAUCACUGCAGAUAAUAGUAAAAAGAAAACCCCAGCAGCGCAAAAACAUAAACAGCAUAAUUCACAAACCCCCCCGAUCGAACCGGCAGCCAGGACAACAACAACGGAAACACGUGUGCUGGACAUGUGUACAAGGUAAGGUGAACAAAGCAACAACAGCACCGACACCGAAGUCUUAUGUAUCACAAUGUCAACUGUCCACCUUCCCAAACAUUCCAUAACGCGGAACAUGCGCAGCUAGUUUUCGAACCCAACGACAGCAAAGGACCCAGAGAGCUUCCUACCAGCUCGACAUCGUUCAGUUGUCCACGGUGCGUCGCGUAAGGAUAACGGUUCUCCGUCAAACCCGUGCAAACGUGUCGAUCGGGUUCGUGUUUCUUUCCCCCCUUCUUCUUCUUCUUUCGUGUUCGGAAAAGUGCGUAUUCAUCUCAUCAAUCGACAAUCGGUUGUACCGGCCAUAACACGCAAUCUGUUGAACUUGGCUGAAAGUUCGUUGAACUGAGGCCAAAGUUUGGAAAAGUUUGGUGCUACCGGAGUGUGUACACUACAUUACACACGAUUCGAGGAAAACUAGAUAAAGUGCUAGAUGUAACACGCACACGGAAAGCGGAAAUGGCGUGCAGCAGCAUUUCUUCUCGCUCGUUAUUACGCCGAACGGUUCGUCAGUUUUCACAAACGCGGCACUAACAAUCGCCCCCUCCCCCUCCUGACCCGGUCAAACGGGGCCAAAUAUGAUGCCGUGCUAAAUUAUUCACCCACCAAGCGGCGAUUCGUUAGUUUCACUACAGUGCGACCGAUGAUGGGCGAAAACGUGAAGGUGGUAGUGCGGUGCCGGCCGAUGAACAAGCGGGAACAGCAAUCAAACUGCAAGAGCGUUAUACAAAUCGACAACUCAUUGGUAAAUCUAGACAAUCCGAACGAUCCGAACGCGUCGCAGAAAUCGUUCCAGUUCGACAACGCGUACGGUUAUGCGGCAACGACGGAGAACAUUUACAGCGACAUUUGCUACUCGCUGGUGGAGAGCGUCCUGGAAGGAUACAAUGCCACGAUAUUUGCCUACGGCCAGACGGGUUGCGGCAAAUCGCACACGAUGCAAGGGACGACCUACAACCUAUCCGCGGCCGAUCCGAACAAUGCGAACAACAUCGGCAUCAUACCGCGCUCGUUCGAGCACAUCUUCGAAGCGAUCUCGCUGGCCAGCGAGGUACGCUAUCUGGUGCUGGUUAGCUAUCUUGAGAUUUACAACGAAACGAUACGGGACCUGCUGCAGCCGCAGUCACCCGCCGCAACGGCCAGCACCUUACAGAUCAAGGAAGUGCCUGGGGAGGGCGUGAUUGUGCAGAACCUUUCCCUGCACACCGUGCACGGGAUGAAGGAGUGCAUCGAGCUGCUGGAGGCCGGUGCAAAGAAUCGGAUGGUCGGUGCAACGCUCAUGAACAUCGAAAGCUCCCGUUCGCACUCCAUCUUCAGCAUCAGCCUGGAGCAGAUGUCGACCAGCGUGGAAGCGGACAGCGGGGUGGCGAUCAAGCGCGGCAAGCUGAAUUUGGUCGAUCUGGCGGGAUCGGAACGGCAGAGCAAAACCGGCGCCACGGGUGACCGGUUGAAGGAGGCGACAAAGAUCAAUCUUUCACUGUCCGCGCUCGGCAACGUCAUAUCGGCACUGGUCGAUGGCAAAACGAGACACAUUCCGUACCGGGAUUCGAAGCUUACGCGGCUGCUGCAGGACUCGCUCGGGGGCAAUACGAAAACGCUGAUGAUAGCGUGCAUCUCGCCGGCCGACUACAACUACGACGAAACGCUGUCCACGUUGCGGUACGCUAGCAGGGCGAAAAACAUUGCCAACAAGCCGCGCGUGAACGAGGAUCCGAAGGAUACGAUGCUGCGCGAGUACCAGCAGGAGAUUAUGCGUCUCAAGGAGUUGUUAAAGGGCGAGGGAAGUACACCACCGGCCGCGGUAAAUGGGCACUACGACGCGAACGGGUUGGAUGCGGAAAAGCAAGCACUCAGAUCGCAGUACGAUCAGGAGGUGACGCAUCUGCGCCGCGAGUACGAGCAGCAAAGGAUCGCCAAACAGGAGCUGGUGAAGGAUAUCGAGAAGAUAAAGGCGUACUACGAGCAGCAAAUGCAGCUGCUCACCUCGAGCCGGCAGCAAGCAGCGGACGCCGAGCAGCUUCGGCAAAGUACACCGGCCGUGGCCCUUGCCGGGCGGGAUCGUAAGGAAAUCUACGAUCGCAUCAAGCAAAUCAAGGACGCACUGAUCGGGGGCGAGCGAGCGAACGACAUACAGCUGAAGGAGAAGCGGUACCGCAACAAACUGGCGUCCGAGAAGCGGAUCAACGCGCUGGCCCAGGCCCUCGGGCGGAUCGAGCAGUCGGCGGAUCGCGAUCUGCUCCAGGGCCACUACUCCGACAUACAGCAGGAGCUUAAGGUGCGCUACGAGCAGAUACGGGCCCUGCGCAGGCGCACCAAACUGCUCGAGCAGGAGGUGUCCGACAUUCAGGGCGAGUUUCAGCGCGAACGGGACGACUAUCUGGCCACGAUACGGCUGCUCGAGAAGAAGGUUCUGUUUUACGAGACCGUCUUUCAAAAGGCAAUGCCCGUGCUGCGCAAGGAUGGCCGAUACUGGAAUCUGGAGUGUUUGGAGCGCGAAUCGGAGUGGAACGAUGAUUUGCGCAAGUGGCGGUUGCCGGAUGAUACGCUGCUAAGGUUGCGCUUACCGCCGGCAGAAACGCCACCGCCAGCACCUUCACCACCACCGUCGGAUGUUUCAUCGCCCGGGAAGUUGAAUGGGCGCGAAAGCCAAACGUCCCUUACCGCACCGGGUCGGUUGGAGCGCAGCUCCACCAUGUUUCUUGCCAAAUUGCCCGAAUUCCAGCAGCACGACCGGAAACCGCCGGACGAGCAGCAGCAGCGCAAAGGUGAUUUCCUCAGCAAAAGCACCAACAGCAAUCCCUUUCCGAAGAUUGAGGACGUUGCGAUGACUUACUUUCGGCCGCGGCGGGCCGCCGAGCUGGUGUACAAAAGUGGGUGGCGAUCUUUGCAAAAAUGAUGACCAUGAGGGUGGGUGACCGUUGUGUUGCGCUAUUACGCUUUCGUGUUUUGGAGAACAUGUGGAGAGAUUUUGAGAGAGAUUGUUAUUUGAUUAAUAUUUUAUUUACCGUGUUUUCUUUUGUAUAAUAAACAAUUACCUUUGAAA